CGAAUAUCAACAACGAGAGAUUUUCGUUCGUAGCAAUUUUUUCGUAACGAUUACGAAAAUAUUAAAAUUAUAGGUAUUUGCUAUCGUAAAAUCCAUUUUUAUUCUCGAGGUUGAAACUACCUUUGAUAAGACGACUGGUAUAAUGAUAAUACCGGUGAAAUUAUAUAGCUUUUCGUCUUCGCGAUUACGGAUAAAAACCUCGAAACGUAGGCAAAGGCGAGCAGAUGGUCGUUACAGUGCUUCCGAAAUUUUUCUUCUUGCCAACACCGUAGCAAUAUUGUUGAUCGGAGCAUCAUGGCUCUCGUAAACGAUACAACAACGUUUCGGGAUAUUAUGACAAAAGUUACAGCGGCUCUGUUGAUAUUCUGCGGCUCGAUCAUGUUUUCGGGCAAAUUGAUUAAGGGGCAGUGCAACUACAAUCAAAAUCUAAUUCCCGGCACCACGUAUUACAUCUACAACCCCAAUUACCCGUAUUCUUAUCGCGGAUCAGAGUCGUGCGUGUGGACCGUCACCAGCGACUACCGGGUGAAUUUGACUUGUACCGACUUCCAGUUGCCAUGGAGUUACAACUGCUUUCAAGACAGUUUAACAGUGCAAAUCAAUUCCACCACGUCGCAUCGUUAUUGCGGCAACGGAGGGUUCAGCGUGGUAUCCUCGUCGAGCUCGAUGGUCGUGGCGCUGUCGUCGCCUGUAUGGUCGCAGGGCGGCCGUUUCCUCUGCGAGAUUCGCGCCGUGAAGAGGCCGCAGGAUUCCACCAAUUGCCAGUGCGGAUGGAACAAUCCCUCAAGGAUCGUGGGAGGGACAGACACGGGAGUGAACGAGUUCCCCAUGAUGGCAGGCAUCGUGGACGCCGACGAGCGCUCCGUGUUUUGCGGAUCCACCAUAAUAUCCGUGAGGUACGUGUUGACAGCUGCGCAUUGCAUGACGAACAGGAAUUACUCGAGACUAGGCGUGUUGGUCGGCGAUCACGAUAUUAGUUCGGGGACGGACACGAACGCGACCAUGCUCUAUCGGGUGGGCAAGGUGAUCGUGCAUCCGAAUUACGCCCACGACAAUUUCAACGACGUUGCCCUGUUGAAAACGAGGACGAAGAUGGAGUUCGGGAACCAGGUUGGCCCGGCCUGUCUGCCGUUCCAACACUCGCCCGACACUUUCGCCGGCUCCUUCGUUCAAUUAUUGGGCUGGGGCACUACGAGUUUCGGUGGCCCGCCCUCCGACAUUUUGCAAAAAGUUACGGUGAGCGUGCUCACUAACCUCCAAUGCUCCAAAUUUUAUCCGGAUCUAACGCCUCGACAGAUGUGUACCUACGCGAAGGACAAGGACGCGUGUCAGAUGGAUAGCGGGGGACCGGUUCUCUGGCAAAACCCUACGACCAAGCGUUUCGUCGUGGUGGGAAUCAUAAGUAUGGGUAUCGGUUGUGGCGACACCGGUGGUGUAAAUACCAGGGUCGGUGCUUACAUAGACUGGAUUGUCUCAGAAACUGCAGAUUCUACGUACUGCAUCAUCGAAUAAAAACGGUUCGAUCGUUUCGACUCGAUUCGACGCGGACGGAUAGCUAAUUUCGUUUCGUUAAUUUUGUCGACGAAGCAAUUUGCAUUUUUCUUUCUUUUUUAACAAGCAAAUUCUCAAGAGAGAUUCGACAAGUAAUAACAAGUCGUAAUAAGUGGAAAAUACGAAAGAAAAGAGAGAAUGUAUUUUUAUACUUAUUAUCGAUAACCAACAGUGAUUGGAACCCGUAAAUCUAUCGAGCGUCGAGUUUAGAGACGACAGACGAUUUUUAUUAGAAAAGAUCGAAGAUCGAAUCCACCGGACUCUUCUCCCAAAUACACGUACAAUAUAUCGUUUGCAUUAUAA